AUGGAUUCAACUCCCCACCACAACCAAAAACACCAACCUUCCAAAGCUGAGAUCCUCUCUAGUGCUAAGGUGGUGGCUGAGGCAGCUAAAGCCACCGUCCACCAUGAAACAGACAAGGUAGACAAAGGCAAGGUUGCCGGUGCUGCCGCCGAUCUGCUUGGUGCCGCGUCCCAUUAUGGCAAACUGGAAGAGAAGGGGAUGGGGAAGUAUGUGGAUAAGGCCGAGAAUUAUCUUCAUCAGUACCACUCGUCACACUCCACCAGCGCCCCCAACUCCACCCAUUCGACCACUACUACUCAUUCCUCCACACAUUCGCAUUCAGGGGGUGAUUCUCAUUCUGAGAGCGGCUACGGAGAGUACAUUAAGAUGGCUCAAGGGUUCUUGAAGAAGCACUGA